AGAAGCGAAACGCUCGCCUGCACAGCAGACCAGUUGGGCUUCCUGACAAACUAGCUCCUGUCUUGCUCGCCAAAAAAAUCAGUUCUUAAUUCAGCGAUGGGGAAUUCAAACGGCAGCACCGUGGACGACCUGCAGGCCGUUGAAAUGCAUCUGUGGUAUAAGAAGUUCAUGACUGAGUGUCCAUCUGGUCAGCUCACGCUGCAUGAGUUCAAACAGUUCUUCGGGCUCAGAGGUCUGGAUCCAGAGGCAAAUGCCUACAUCGAGCAGAUGUUUCGCACAUUUGACAUGAACAAGGAUGGUUACAUAGAUUUCAUGGAGUAUGUGGCGGCUCUCAGUCUUGUAAUGAGAGGCAAGAUGGAGCACAAACUGCGCUGGUAUUUCAGACUUUAUGAUGUUGACGGCAACGGCUGCAUAGACAGACAUGAGCUCCUGAAUAUUAUAAAGGCCAUUCGUGCCAUCAAUGGAAGUGAGUCGCAGGAACUGAGCCCUGAGGAGUUUACAAACCGAGUGUUUGAUAGGAUCGACGUCAAUGGAGAUGGGGAGCUGUCACUGGAGGAGUUUGUAGCAGGGGCACGUAGCGAUGAAGACUUUAUGGAGGUGAUGAUGAAGAGCUUAGACCUUUCGCACAUUGUGGCCAUGAUCCAUAACCGAAGGCACAGCGUCUAAGAGACAUGUUCCAUAUUCAUAUAUGCCACUUAUGGUUCUCUUGAUCAGAAAACAAGAGCAACACUCACUUAUUAAACGAUCUAAUUCUGAAAGCACUUUAAAGCACAAUCACUUCAAACAGAGACUUGAGCUAAAGGGGCCAAGAGAUGAAACUGGUGUGGGACAUCCCACAUCUAAUAAACUGACUGUUUUCCAAAAACAACCUUCCUGCUAAGCAGAAAGAGGUUUCUUGGGGAAAGAAUCAGUAUGAUGUGGACGUCCAUUUAUAGAGAUUUAUUUUUGUUACUUUAUUACUAACAAAACUAACUUUUUUUAAAUUUAUAUUUACGUAUUGCUUUAUGCCUCAGAGAAAGACUUUUAUAAAUAUUUGCCAUCUUUAAGGUUCCUAAUAUUGUUUUGGGAGUCUCCUACAAUAGAUUUACAAGCGUGCAAGCUCAAAAAACGCUUUUGUUUUCUCAAAAUAUGCAUUUAAAAUCAAUUUUCCCAGCAAUUCUCAAACGAUUCGUUUGAAGCAGUUCAAAGAUUCAGUCUCUAAACGACUCCUUUCCGUGAGCCUACUGUGGUCUGAUUGGUCAGAUGACCCAGUCUGUUGUGACUGGUCUACGUGUCAGAAACGAUACGGCCAUUGUCAUAGUUUGAUAGAAAAUAUCAAACCUAAAUAUCUAUUAUUUUUCAUACUUAAAGGUUGUAAUUCAGUGGAGCCAGCUCAUUCAAAUAAACUGGGUACACAGUCAUUUUUCAAGAGCAAGCAUUUUUGUGAAUCCCAUGUUGAACUCCUGAGAUUAGAGAAGCAGUCGUCAGUAAAAUGAUGGAUUUGUGGGCGGGGGCAAAUUGUUUGUGGCCUACCAAUGUAGAACAUAGGCGGGAAUUAUGCAAAUAUCACGGAAGUGGGAUUCGAAUUACUAACGACUUGUUCAGGCUGUAGAGUCAAUUCUUUAUUUUGAGAGACAAUAACUUUAUUUAUCGUGCACUUUUGACUUACGUUCUUAUAGCUACAUUGUACACUGCAUGAAAAGCAAUACCGGAUAUGGCAUAAUAGGGGCAAUUUAAGUGGUUAAACACAUUUGUUCAAAAGUUUGGGGCCCUCAAGCCUGCAUACCUGGAUAAAUAUAAAUACAUUAAAAACAGUAAUAUUGUAUUGUGAAAUACUAUUGCAAUUUAUAAUAACUGUUUUCUGUUUGAAUAUAUUUUAAAAUGUAACUUAUUCCUGUUAUGUCAAAACUGAAUUUUCAGCAACCGUUACUUCAGGCUCCUUUUGAAACCUUUUGUAACAA